UUGCACGGAGACGAAAAUGCCAGGAGUUCAGGUGCUCAAUCACAAUGAUUGUCAAAGCACAAUUUCGGAAUAGGAAGAAAUUCAUAAAAAUCUCAGAGGCGUGCUUUGAUUUAUUUCUAGCAGAGGUGAAAGAGAAGUUCUCAAUUCCAGACGACCUUGCUGUUACAGUUACAGAUGAAACUGGUACAGAGGUGGAUAAAGAUGUGUUUCCUGAUCUAAUGUCCACCAGUGGGUUGGUUUUAGUCAUAAAUGAGUUGACUGACAUUGGAUCUUCCACACCUCAGUCUUCAGUCAGCUUGGAUACAGAUACACUGUCUCUAACUUCAAAAAGCAGUGAAGAGAGUGACUGGUUUAGUCCAAAACGAUUCAGAAAGGAUGAAGAUGAUGAUGUGGCAUCACAACGAGCACAGGCCAGAGAUCUGAUAAAACAAAUUCUACAGACAAGACCAGGUGGAGGAAAUGUGCUUAAGGAGUAUGAAGAUACAGGCACAAUUAGUGAUGACACAAGGAAAGUGAUGGUGAACAUCUUAGUUGCACACAUGAUGGAGACAGAAGGAAGGGUCCCACAUCGACUUACCAAACAGAAGUAUGGAUUGGGAAUUAUCACCUUAUUUCCCUCACUCAGAGAUCCCCAAGGAAGGACUGGAUAUGAACAUUUCUAUGAUGGCCAAAAAAACACUGGAUUCUUGUCAUGGCGCCUCAAGACAGUACAAAGGGGGACAAGACCUUCUGGAAAUAAGGAAGAUCCAAAAACAGAAGAAAAGGGAGGUCCUUUGCUUGACAGACAGCUAUGUUACCAAGAACAUCAGCUAGAUAAUGAUCAAAGUGUAGAGGCCAUCUCUUUGAUGAAUCAUACAAGUGAACGUGAGGUCAUCAUGCAGAAGAUGAAGGCAACGUUUGAAUACAGACAGCGCCUUGUCCAUGAUCCAGAGGGAUCCACCACCAUUCUCUCUGUUUUUCCUCGGUUCCUGGACACUAAAGGAUUGAUUCUUCAGGACUUCACACUCCUCUUUGGGUCAGAAACUGCUUCCAGACUUUUGGAAAGGUGGCCGACAGUUUUCAAAGCAAAGGUUAUCAGACUAGGAGAAACCUUGACUCCCACUCCACUGCUGAAAAGAUUACUGUCAUCUGCCAAACAGAGCAAAGAAAGCAGCGAGGCACAGGAUUCCCCAGAGUGGGACAGUGAUAUAUCAUCCUUCCUUCUACUUUUGCAUCUCCUAUCACCCCAGGCUUCAGGAAGAAAGAAAAUCCAAAGGAUCAGUAUUUCACAGGCUAUUGACCAUCUGGUGGUGUUUCACAAAGCAUGCAGGAGCAUACAGGAACACCUUGAGCUGGAAGAGAAUCGUCAGCCAUACAUUCUUGCCUCAGGGAGCAGCAAGGAAGCCAUCAGUCACUACUUCAUUGUGGUGGAUAAAAAGCUCAUCCCCUGUCAAGAAUCCUCUUCACUGGCUGCCAUUGAUGAACUCUUCAAGGUUCAUUUUGUUUUCAGUCUCAGUUAUGAUCCUCCACUCAAAAAUUUGUACACUUUUCUCCAGACUACAGUGUACAAAAUUGAUGUUGGCACCACAAGUGAGAGCCCGAGAGUAAAGGAGCUUAGAGCUAAGUUUUUGAAUGAUGUUUAGAUGCUAUGUCUGUAAAUCACUGUUUGCUACAAUAGCUAAAUUAAUUCGACACCUAAAACUUGUACAUGAUUUAUAUCCUGGUAAGAAAUUUGGUCUGGUUUGUGAUCAGGAUGGUUGUUCCUUGCAAUUUAAAAGUUAUGAAGGGUUUAGAAAACAUUUAACUAGAUUUCAUUUGAGGGCUGUAGCAUCAAGCAGUGAAACUGUAUCUUUACAAAAUCAGCAAGCUCCAGAUCUCAAUGAAGCAGUAUCACUUGUUGUGUCUGACACAGAGCAAAGAUUACAUGAUGCGAGUUUGCAUGAAUGUUCUUCUGAUUCAAGGGAUAGUUCGAGGGAAAGGUGUGCAUCAAUAAUAGCCAAAUUACAGGGCAAUGGUGUUGCAAACAGUGUAAUCAUGUCAGUUGUUGAAAGCAUGGAGGAUUUUGUUAAUGAUUUCCAUACAAGUUUAAGGGAAAAUGUUUUAAAUGUUGUGCCUGUUGACAGCACAAGUAGAAGUUCAGUUGAAGAAGUUUUUAAUGGUUUUAAUAAUCCAUUCUCUGAUUUUAAUACAGAUACAAAAUGGAGAAAAUAUUUCAGUGAGAAAUGGGGGGUUGUUGAACCUAUUGAAAUACACUUAGGUGUCAGAUACGAUUCAAGAAGAAAUAAAAUCUCUGGGAUGUAUGAACAGACAACAGUUAAUGACACUUUCAUAUAUAUCCCUCUUCUGAAGACUCUUGAGUUCAUUUUUAGGAAUGAUAAAGUGUGUAAUCUUAUCCAAGAGGAACGGCAAAGUGACAUGUAUUGCGAUUUUUGUGAUGGACAGUAUUACAAAAAACAUCCUUUGUACUCCAUCCACAGCAAUGCACUUCAGAUCCAAAUUUACUAUGACGAUUUUGAAACCGCGAACCCAUUAGGAUCUAAAGCAGGAGUUCAUAAACUUGGCUGUUUAUAUUUUGUACUUCGUAACCUGCCAGCACACAUUAACUCUUCCUUAAUGAACAUACAUCUAAUUUCUUUGUUCCAUUCUGAAGAUGGAAAAAAGUAUGGCAUGGACAAAAUACUUGGCCCAUUGGUUGAUGAUGUGAAAGUACUUGAGAAGAAGGAAUUGAUGGUGUCAU